AUUUAUCUGCUUGCUUUCUGUUGCACUGUCCCUCCGCUCUACUCCUGUCCGGAUUUCUUUCCCUUCCCGCUCUGCAAUCAUCUCUUCCCAUGUUAACCUGUUCCAAGGAUCACCGGGAGACAUGCAGAGCGGCUGCAGGGGGGUCUCUUCUUUUGUUCAUCAUCUCAACCUUUGUCCUCAGUUGCCGUGCUUGCUCUAACGGGAAUUGUCAGUUUCUCGACUCGUGUUCCACUCCUACCGACUGUGGACCUGGUCUGUACUGCGGCAACUGCCCUGCGAGCGGGAAGACAGAGCCCACUUGCACCAGAGGCCAGGCCAUCCAGCCGACAUCAUUUAUUCCGGGGCUUCCCUUCAACAAGUAUUCAUGGCUGGUGACCCACAACUCGUUCUCUAUUGUUGACGCACCGCCCCUGCCCGGUGUCCAGAGGAUGACAUUUUAUAAUCAAGAAGACUCUGUUUCUAAUCAGUUGAGGAAUGGUGUAAGAGGGUUGAUGUUGGACAUGUAUGAUUUCGAGGACGAUGUUUGGCUCUGCCAUUCGAUGCGUGGACAAUGCUACAACUUCACUGCUUUUGAACCUGCAAUCAACACCUUGAAGGAAGUAGAGGCAUUUUUGAGUGAAAACCCAUCGGAGAUUGUGACCAUUAUAAUUGAGGACUAUGUGCAUACGCCUAAGGCAUUGACAAGGCUUUUCACUAAUGCUGGAUUACUAGAGUAUUGGUUUCCUGUCUCAAAGAUGCCAAAGAAGGGUGAGGAUUGGCCUACUAUUACUGACAUGGUUGCAGAGAAUCACCGACUCCUGGUCUUCACCUCUGAUGCUUCCAAGGAAGCUGACGAAGGAAUUGCAUAUCAGUGGAAGUACAUUCUGGAAAAUGAGCCUGGAGAUCCUGGUUUUGUACAAGGUUCAUGUUCCAACAGAAAGGAGUCACAACCACUAAAUUCAAGAAGUGCAUCCCUGUUUCUACAGAACUACUUCCCUACGUUUCCAGUAGAAUCUGAAAGCUGCAAAGAGAACUCAGCUACACUUAUUGGGAUGGUCGGUACUUGUUACAAAGCAGCUGGAAAUGUGAUGCCUAACUUUGUUGCCAUAAACUUUUACAUGAGGAGUGAUGGAGGAGGUGUUUUUGAUGCUCUCGACAGAAUGAAUGGACUGACUUUAUGUGGGUGUAGUACUGUUACCGCUUGCCAGGUUGGAGCACCAAAGGGAUCAUGCAAGGAAACUGCUGCAACUAAUAGAACUCCUACAGCAAGGACUGGAAGCAGCUUUUCUGGAUAUGUUCAGUUAUCUAGUUCUACUUCACCAAACCAUUUUUUAAAUCUCUUGAUUCUUAACUUAUUUUGCCUUUCACUGAUGGCAUUUUUGUCAUUGUAACUAUUAACAUCACAAGAUAGAUGAUUGAUUUCUACUCUAUAUAGCCUUGCAAGCCAUUACAUAAAUUUUGGGCUUUAGAACAAGUUGACUAAAUUUCUGCAUUGGCUAGUGGAAGGUUGAGACAGGCUAGCUGGAAUACUAAACGUAACUGUGGAAGCAACAACUCUUUUGAGUUCUCAGGCGAAAGUUGAAAGUUGAGGUGGGAUUUGUUUUGGGGAUUUUUGGUAGAUAGAAGUCAAGAGACACCAAAAUACCAAUGUAUCAAAAUGGUGGUUCAGGUAUAUGCCACUUUAGGAGUUAUCUUAUUGAUCGUGCUUCAGCACUGUGAAAUUGAAAUACAAAUGAAUCUAUUAUUGUCACUAUUGUAUGAGAAAUAUCACAGUUUUCUGUUC